GCUCCGACCAUGAGUCCCAGAAGAAAAAGAUUUGUGUAGAACCAAACGUCCAAAUAAAUAUUGGGCCGUGAUAGAUGACAGUCAAUGUGAGAGCCCAUCAAGGGGUAGCACCCCUAUAAUGGAGAGGAGGUCGUUUCCGCCGACACGGAGGCCGGCGAUGCUCCGGCAACUCUGGAUUGGGAGGGCACAGCUCAGGCCGAGGGACGACAGGAACAAGUUUCUCUUGGCAAUCAUUGAAAAGAUGUGGCGUAGAACCAUAGAAGUGGCCUCUAGAGUUUUCAUUGACAAGCAUUAUUAUCGCCACAAGAUUCUGAACUGCGACAUUUCUUAACAAGCUCCCAGAGAUGCCACCUGGCACUUCCUAUUUCUUCAACUGUGCUCAUCCUUUGUGUAAUUUCUUGUACAUUACUCAAUUGAUGCUAUUUCUUUCAUCUCAACCUUGAGUCCUUCAGGAAUUAUAUUCCAUGUACUUGUGAUCGUA